ACUCCUGAAAUAUGAAAGUGUCCACAGUGAAACUGUUUAUUAUUUCACAUAGUAUGUGUUCAUAAAUGCCUGAAACUUCUUCUUUAUGGUUCUGCAUUUGAGCCAUAGAAUGAAUGAAGUGAAUACUGCAAAAACGUCAGGAAAAUUUCAUAGACACAAGAAGCGGUUUUGUUGUAGGCCUAUCAAUAGUGAUGCUAUUGCUACUUUGUAGCUUAGCCUGUACGGUGCACUUGGUAAUGUAGUGUGGUGGUCGAUCUGUAUAAAUCAGUGUUAUCCUAGGAGUGAGCUUUGUAAUUAAUGAAAGAAAAAAAUGUUAAGCUUUCUAACAGCGAGACGGAUUGGAGUCGAUGACCCUGUUCGACUGAGACGAGCAGAAUCAACAAGAAGGGUUCUCAGUCUGGAGCUGAAUCAUGAUCGAGAUGUGGAUCGAAUACAUGGAAAUGGAGUAAAUUCGUUAGACAUUGAGGUCAUUGAAGGCAGAUACAUGUUAUCAGGGGGUGCUGAUGGUGUAGUCGUGAUCUAUGACCUUGAGAAUAACAACAAGAAGCCUCAGUACACCUGUAAAGCGGUCGGAACUGUGGGAAGGUCAAGUCGCCAUGUGCACAAGUUCAGUGUGGAAACGGUGCAGUGGUAUCCCCAUGACACAGGCAUGUUCAUAUCUAGCUCAUUUGACAAGACAAUGAAAGUGUGGGACACAGAGACAUUAAAGCCUGCCGAAGUGUUUCAUUUUGAAGGGAACGUCUACUGCCACCACAUGUCCCCGGUGGCCAGGAAGCACACGCUUAUUGCAGUUGGUACCAAAGACCCUAAAGUACAGCUGUGCGAUUUGAAGUCCGGGUCACGCAUCCACGUCCUCCAGGGUCACAGAGGCGAGGUGCUAUCUGUCAGGUGGUCCCCGCGAUACGAGCACAUCUUAGCCACAGCCAGUGCUGACAGCAGGGUGAGAGUGUGGGAUGUGCGGCGCGCCUCGGGGAGUCUCUUUACCCUAGACCAGCACAACGGGGACAAGUCCAAAGCUGCUACAGAAGCAGUCAACACUGCUCACAAUGGACGUGUGAAUGGCCUGUGCUUCACUGCCGACGGCCUGUUCUUGCUCACGGCAGGCACGGACGACCGCAUGAGGCUGUGGAACAGCGCUACUGGAGAAAACACUCUGGUGAAUUACGGCAAGGUGACCAACUCCAGCCGCACCUGCCUGAGGCUGGCGGUGUCGCGCGGCUGCAGCCCGGACUUUGUGUUUGUGCCGUGCGGCAGCUCCGUGGCCAUGUACUCCCUGCACAGCGGCGAGCUGGUCACCAUGCUGCGUGGACACUACAACAACGUGGACUGCUGCGAGUUCCACCCAGACUACCAGGAGUUGUACAGUGGUGGCAAAGACUGCAACAUCCUGGCCUGGGUUCCAGUGUUGAGGCAACCUGAUGUGGAGGAGGAAGGACCUGCGGCUGGCAGAGCGGGCGGACAACAGGCAGCAGUCAAUCCUGCAUAUGCGGACGCCUGGAGCAGUGAUGAGGACUGAUAGCGGCCAAGAACAAGGCACAAGGAUGGACAGCUAGACAGGCAGAAGCCUAAAAAAUGGACAGACAGACCGACAGGCUGGCCGGCAAUGCCUGUACGGACAGAUGGACAGAGACAGUGGUCGAGUUGUAAAAUCAAAGCAGGGGGGAUGGACAGAGAUUGAAUCAGAUUAUUGGGGGUUCGGGGGUUUCUCCCCCGAGAACAUUUUGAAAAUUGUCAAAAGUGCAACUUUAACAGAAUAUGUGAAGAAGGGAGGCCUGUUUUAGAGGGGGAUGAUUUUUGACCAUUUUCAUUGAUGGGGAUGAUUCUAGACCAUUUUCAUUGUCGGGGGGACGGCAUCCCGCCUCAUCUUCCCUCAUCUCCCUACAACUCAAUCCCUCGACAGAAAGAUGAGGUCAGAUGGAAGGAGAGAGACAUUGAAAGGUUGAAGGCUCAAUGUUACUAAAACCAGCUCCCUGGCCUAGGGUGGAAACAUGAACGUGUGAACUUCAAGAAUCUGCCUUCUCUACAGUGGUAUUGUAAAUGCCACCAGUCCUGUAAUAGAACUCAAAUAGUUUGUUGAGGUGUAUUUUCACUCUAUGAAUGGACUCCGUUAUGAAUGUGCCAUUAUUUUUUCAGUCUUUAAAUCAUGGGAUACUGUAUGUUUGACAGUGGGAUGAAUGUAUAGAUAUCGAUACAACACAUUGUGUUAGUUUAGAUUUUUUUGUGGAAUUGGGGUGUGUGAGCUGUAAUUGUACACAACAUUAAGACAAGACCUCAGGUCAAGUCCAUCAAGAUAAACAAAGCCUUUUUAGUAGGAGCUGAUUUUAUAUCAUACAUUUGUCUUCACUCCAACUGCACAUCAUUCAGCUGCUGUAAAUAUGUUACGGUUAAUUUUGAGGUUUUUUUGUUUUAAAGGUUUUACAGUAAAGUAUGAUCAAGUCUCAAUUAAGAGUGUGUGUGUGUGUGUGUGUGUGUGUGUGUGUGUGUGUG